AUGUUCGCCCUGUUCGCGCUCCCCGCCUACGGGCAAACCAUCGCCGACAUCGCCUGCGACUCGGGCAACGCGGCCAAGUUCUCCACGCUCUGCGCCGCGGUCGCUGCGUCUCCCACGGUCCUCACCGCGCUCUCGGACGCGAGCGCCGAAUACACCGUCUUCGCCCCCAACAACGACGCCUUUGAUGCCCUCGCCACCAAACUCGGCUUGAGCGCCGCCACCGACUUGCUCCCUUUGCCCGAGCUUCCCUUUCUCCUGCUCAAGCACACCCUCGGGUCCAAGGUGCUGGCGGCGACCGCUCUGACGCUCGACAACUCCGUCCAGCCCACCCUGCACACGGACGACGAGGAGAAGAUCGUUGUCGACGGCUCCACCGGCGACCUUCCCGAUAUCCUGCUCAAGCACGCCCUCGGGUCCAAGGUGUCGGCGGCGACCGCACUGGCGCUCGUCAACUCCGUCCAAGCCACCCUGCAGGGCGACAACAUCAUUGUCGACGGCUCCAGCGCAUCCACCUCCAGCACGAGCGGCAUCACCAUCACGCGCACCUUCCUCGGCCCAGCUGCCAAUGUCACCACCACCAACAACAUCGAGGUCGACAAUGGCUUCAUCCACGUCAUCGACGCCGUGCUCGCGCCGCUGGAGGAGAACGUCGAGUGGGCGGGCACCUUCGACGUCACCAACCCGGCCACGGGCGAGGCCUUCGAGACGCUCACCUGGUCGGCGCAGUCGAACGAGGAGGGCGAGUACCCCGACGCCACGAUGCUCAUCUCCGUCCAGACGGGCAAGGCGGACUUCACCUUCGACGACGCCCUCGUGGCCGCGGGCAACGAGGCCUUGGCGGUCGGCACCGCGUGCCCCGACCUCAUGCCGAACGGAGAGAUCAAGUUUGACACGGCCGCCCCGAAGCCGGCUGGCAGCCCGUUCCCGUGCUACAAGCUCAAGUUCCCCUGCGAGAUGGAGACGGAGGACGGUCACGAGCACUGCCACGCGACUGCGCACACCGCCGUGUGGACGAUCCCCAUCCCGGCCGGCGUGAAGAGCAUCGCCAUCUUCGCGCAGCACUACCCGACCGAGUUUGAGCGCUCGCUGCACUACCUCAAGGGCCCGGGCGGCGAGGACAUCGAGCCGGUCAACGAGAUGCCCGAGCCGGAGGAGCGGGAGAAGCGGUGGGGCGCCGCCAUCGGCGCCGCCUUCAUCGUGAUGGUGUGCACGCUCAUCGGCGUCAUCUUCCUCGCGCCCCUCUUCGCCAAGCUCCAGAAGGAGCGCGAGGCGCUCGUCAACGUGCUCGCCUCGGCCUUCGCGGCCGGCGCCCUCCUGGCGGCCGCCUUCUACCUGAUGCUGUACGAGGCGACCCACCUCAUCGCCAUCACCGACGACCGCACCGAGGCGCAGGCUUCGGCGUGGUGGGGCUCGGCGACCCUGCUCGGCUUUGUCAGCCCCUUCAUCCUCGAGGCGAUCGUCUCCGCGGUCAUCGGCAAGGCCGCGCCCGGGCAGGAGGUGCGCAAGGAGGCGGACGCCGAGGCGGCCAAGCCGGCCGCCGUUGUGCCGGCGCCCAAGUCGCGCAACAAGGUGCGCGUGCUCUCCGGCGUGCUGCUGGGCGACUUCCUGCACAACCUGGUCGACGGCUUCUUCAUCGGCGCCGCCUUUGCCAACUGCGACUCGUCGAUGGCGUGGACGAUCACCGCCGCCACCGUCUACCACGAGCUCGCGCAGGAGAUCUCCGACUACCUCGUGCUCACCAACCCGGAGCAGGGCGGGCUCAAGCCCUUCAUGGCGCUCGGCCUCAACUUCCUCUCGGGCAUGUCCGUCCUCUUUGGCGUCUGCAUCGUCCUCUCCGCCGAGCCGUCCAACUUCUCGACUGGCUGCCUCCUCGCCUACGGCGCCGGUGUGUACCUGCAGCUCGCGGCGACCGAGUGCAUGCCGCGCGUGCACGAGUACGCGACGACGCUCAACAUGCGGCUGGGCGGCCUCCUCCUCUUCAUCAUCGGCGCGACCGCCAUCGGCCUCGUCCUCCUCGACCACGAGCACUGCGCGGGCGAGGGCGGCCACGAGGGCCACGGCCACUGA